AUGAAGCUCCUUCAUACGGUCGGCCUUGCUGCACUUACUUUCUCAUCUGCUGUGUGUGCAGCAAGCUCAUGGACUUUCGAUGAAGCGACGGUCCAGGUAUCAGGAAAGGGCGCAGAGCCGGUAAAGCAGAAGUAAGACACCGAUCACAUGCAGCGUAUCCGGCAGCAGCUUUGAUUGACAUAUUUUCCAAUGCAGGCUCACCGUGGGAUCUCCACUUUCCUCCUCGUCCCCAAUCACCCUCCCAGCAUCCUCGAUCUUGAAGGUCAUCCUCACAGCGCAAGAGGGCCAAACCCCCAAGAGGCCACAUCAGGCCUUCCUGACACUGCAAGAGACCGACACAGGGCUGGAGGAAUCGUUCGCAUUCAGCGUCAAGGACAAUGGCAAGGGCAAAGUGGAUGUGGUAGGUACCAGGGAGAUUCACGACGCGACGUGGUUGGCAUGCAGGAGUGCCUGAGGCUGACAACUCUGUUUAACCUGCAGUCUCCCAAGGACCUCCCCUUUCAAUUCCUCACGAGCUCGAAACCACUCAAGGCUUCAAUUGUCUUGGCCUCCUUUGGCUCAUCAACGCCUUAUAAUAGCCAUGCGUUCAACGUCAAGGUUGAGAAUGACUCCAGCAACCCGCCGACCGUCCCGUCUCCACCAGAACGAUACACGAGCAAGCCCGAGAUCCAUCACGUCUUCCAUGCAGACCCUCACUCCCCGCCACAAGUCAUCAGUCUCUUCUUCACGCUUGCGAUCCUCGUGACACUCCCCGCACUGAUUGGGAGUUGGCUGUUGCUUGGAGGGAACUUGGACCACAUCGGGAAAGCAUUCGGAGCAAGCCCAUUGGCACAUGGUCUCUUCUUUGGAAGUAUUGUGGCUAUGGAGGGGGUCUUCUUCUUGUAUUACUCGAGCUGGAACCUUUUCCAGACCCUGCCUGUGGCGGCCGUGGUUGGUACGGUGGCCUAUGUCAGCGGAAGCCGAGCAUUGACUGAGGUUCAAGAGAGGCGUCUGGCGGGAGAACGAUAA